AAAAGUUGCACCAAGAUUACAUACAGUUUAUGAAUGAGUAUUUGGAAUUAGGUCAUAUGGAACCUUUAAGAUUCUCCAUGAAACUCCUGAAUUUUUAUUCCACAUCAUUCUAUUUUUAAACCCAUCAGUUCUACAACAAAAAUUAGAGUCGUCUUUGAUGGAUCUGCAAAGUCUUCUAAUAAGCAUUCUCUCAAUGAUAUUUUAUGUGUUGGUCCUGUUAUCCAAGAAGACUUGUAUUCCAUUAUUCUUCGAUUUAGAAAAUAUCCUAUAGCAAUGACUACAGAUAUUGCUAAGAUGUAUCGCCAAAUAUUAGUUGAUCCACGAGAUAGAUGUUUACAAAAAAUUUUGUGGAGAAACUCCAUCAGUGAAAAAUUAAAAUCUUACAAACUGACUACUGUGACGUACGGCACCAGUCCUGCUAGUUUCCUAGCAACUAGGUGUCUUAAACAACUUGCAGAUGGAAAUGAGAUAUCCUAUCCAUUAGUCGCAGAGUCUAUACGUUCUGAUUUCUAUGUAGACGAUUACUUGGGAGGAACCGCUACAAUUGAAGAAGCUAAGAUGUUACAGCAUCAGCUAAUUGAUUUACUUGCGACUGCUGGAUUUCCUCUAAGAAAGUGGUCAUCAAGUCAUGAUAAAGUAACACAAAAUGCCGAGCUUGAAAUGAGAGAAAAUUUAAGUGAUUGUAAGAUAAUUGAUGAUCAGACUUUUCGAGCUUUAGGAGUAACAUGGCAUCCAGGUAUGAUUGUUUUUAAUUUCAAUUUACUGUAAGGCCUACAGUUAACUAAGCGCAAUUUGUUGUCUGUGAUAUCAUCCGUUUUUGUUCCUAUUGGUCUAUUGGCUCCUGUAAUUAUUAAAUGCAAAAUACUUAUACAGAAAUUGUGGUUACUAAAACUGGGAUACCCACAACUGUGAUCAAUGAAUGUAAUAAGAUAUAUGAGAAUUUACACUAUUUGAAUGAUAUUCAUGUUAGCAGAAAAUUAAUUAAUUCUGCCAGUCUCAAGAGAGUUUUUGUGUUGCUUCAGAACAAGUUUAUGGUGCUUAUUUGUACAUAAAGUCCAUAUGUGAUAAUGAUUCAGUUUUUGUUUCUUUAAUUACAUCUAAGUCUAGACUGGCUCC